AUGGCAAACAGGACGAUUAUUCGAGCAGCAAAGCUCCAACCUUCCAGACUUCCGCAAGUCCCUCUUACUUCGGUGUGCGAAGAUUUUGUCGACGGGUUUUGCCGCCGCGGAUAUGAAUGCACCAAGAGCCACGACAUUUGUGCAACCCCUAAUGAGAACUCUGGAUCUUCUUUCCUAGACUGCCCUCCGAACCUACUUUCCCUUGACCCCAGGUUUUCGCCGCGAGAGAGCCUGCCAUUUGACCAGGAUGGUCCAGGUCAAUUGUCACGAUACGGCGCGAGGCACAAUAAUGAUCAUGUAAAUAUCCAACAUAUCAAGAUCUUACCAACUACAGAUGAGAUAUUGUGUCGGCGAAAAACCUAUAUUCCCGCCAAAGAUCCAUCGACUGAGCAUCAUCUUCCUUGUGGGCAGCAGAGGCUCUUGGAUGUUCAGUUUCGCCAAUUAAGAUUCGACAAUGUUGAACCGAUCAUAGAUUCUUGCUACCACGCAAGCCAACAGUUGACGCAAUUGAUAUCUUCGCCUCAUAUCUUGGAUUACGAUGACCGUAUGAAUACUCCAAAGGGAGUGCGCUAUUCACUCUUCCGCGACAUCGUAUUCGAGGAGCAAAUUAUGAGCUUCAAGGUUGGUGUCACUUUCAGGAUCAGCUUUGCAUGCCCCAAGGCAUUGCGCGGUCUACGCUUAGGCCCAUCGAAGCAUCUCGAGGAAGGAAUGCUCGUCGCACUAGUUGGGCUUGAUGAUGCGGAAACUUUGUCUACGACAUUCAUGGUAAUUGAACAGCGCCAAACCACGUUCGCCAUGAAGCCGCGUACUGGUAAUGAUCUUAGAGCUUCCGUGGUUCUAUCACUUGCCGACACGAGCGAUACUGAUGCGGUGAGACGCUUGCUUUACAGUUCAAAGGGCAUUAGACAAGAAAGAUCUGUCCUUGUUGAAUUACCAAACGUCUUGUAUGUUGGAUUUUACUGGACACUUAGAGAUUUGCAAAACAAGUCAGCAAGCAAUAAGGACUUGGCUUUCAUAACAUCUAUAGCUCCUUCCACUGCAGGCCCGAGCCCGGAAAUCUUGGUCCCCGAAUAUGCAACCGUGGACGACUUCGCUUUUCAGCUAAACAGCCUUCGCAAAAAGGGCGAUGUCUAUGCGAACCCUCUUACGCUAAGACCAAGGGACUUGGUGUCGGAUAAUGAAGCCAAGACCAUCGCCAUUGAUCACCUGUGCCAGGAGACCACACUCGAUCGUGGCCAGGCUACUGCUCUUUGCGAGAAUCUUUGCCGAGGCUUUGCCUUUACACAGGGCCCGCCUGGGACAGGCAAAACUUUUCUUGGUGUUGCCUUAACCAAGGUGCUCCUGGAAUCGCGCAGCCACGUUUCGCGGAGACCAAUACUAGUAGUGUGCACGACCAACCACGCUCUUGAUAGCUUUUUGAACGACAUUCGACAAGCAGGGGUGACAAAACUCGUCCGACUAGGCGGUAACAGUAAGGAGAGUUGGACCAAAGCAUUCAGCUUACGAGCAGCAGCACGUCAACUCAAGAAGACCACCCUUGAGAGAAGCAGAGAGAGCCAGGCCCAUCGUCAGGUAGAAGGCUUAACAACUGAGGCGGUUCGAGAGCUUCUUAAAUCAAAAUAUCCGGCAAUCUUAGAACGCUUCACUGGGCUCGAGAGAGUCGACUCGUCUAGGCUUGCAGAUAUUCGAUUGGCUCGCAAAGCUGGAGGUUUCGCCUUUGAGUUUUGGGGCAAAGGAGGCGACAUCAACGAUCUCGAUCGACUCCUAGACAAGUUCAGCAGUAUGCUCGGCAAUCAAUACGAAUUUAAAGAUGACGCAGAUGAUGGCGAUCUCCGAACAAAACACAGAGUGCUUGACAAUGUAGCACUAAAUGCGGCAAAUACAGCGGCUUCGGAUCCUUCGUCUGGCUGUAACGUUUGGAAAUUGAGCCUUAAAGAGCGACAGCGGCUUCUCAACAAAUGGAAAGAAGAGAUUGAUCCUCAGACCAUACUUGACCGAACAGCUGAAGUUCAUCGUCGCCAUCAAGUUGCUGUCUCGAAACGGUAUGAGGUGCAUCAUGAUACUGAUGCUCGGUGUCUUCAAGAUCAGGACGUUAUCGCGAUGACUAUGACAGCCUGCGCUAUGAAUUCUUCCAUGCUGAACCAAUUGAACAUUCAGACCGUCAUUUGCGAAGAAGCAGCAGAGGUAAUGGAGGCACAGACGCUGUGCACUCUUUUUCCUUCCAUAAAACACGCUAUCUUCAUAGGUGAUCCAUUGCAGCUCAGACCCCAGGUGAACGAGCCAGCUCUUUCUUUAGAGACGACAAUAGGGGCCUCUUACCGUUUAGAUGAAUCCUUGAUGGAGCGUAUGAUGGUACCAUCAACGCCCGGAGUACGGCCCAUUGCCUCAUCUCGUCUGGACUUGCAGCGGCGCAUGCACCCGGAUAUCGCCGAUCUAAUGCGCGCGACACUAUAUCCAUUUUUGCAGGACCAUGAGGUAGCGCGCUCUCGUGAGCCAGUUGCCGGCAUGUUGGACCGGGUAUGGUGGCUCGAUCACGGAAUGCCAGAAGACACUCCAGACCCCGGAUCGUCGAUGGCCAAAUCAUUUUCCAAUGCUUUCGAGGUUGAGAUGGUAGUCGGACUGGUUGAAUAUUUGAUCAACAGUAAUGAAUAUGACUAUCGGGAUAUCACCAUACUGACCCCCUACAACGGACAGCUUGCUGCUUUUACCCACCGCCUCAACGGAACGUGUUCUCUGUGGCUAAGUGAGAAGGAUCGGGAGAGCCUGUUACUGGAAGGUUUAUUGGAGCCAGAAGAAGCUUCUUUUGGGGGGAAAGCGGAUAUAAACGUCGCGAGUAUGUUGAGACUGGCUACAAUUGACAAUUUUCAGGGGGAAGAGUCCAAAAUCGUCAUCCUCAGCACAGUGAGGAGCAACUUCGAGGGCCGUGUUGGGUUUCUCAAAACCCCGAAUCGUAUUAACGUUGGCUGCAGCCGUGCCAAGAAUGGCUUCUACAUCGUCGGCACCAUGAGGCUUGCGGUCACCGGUGUACAAAAAAGUGCGGCGAGCCUUGUGAAGACUGCGGGUCCGAACUCUCCUCUGUUACGUUACUUUGCGGGCACAUGGCUGUACGGACUUGCGGAGGAACUCAAGAAGAUGACAAGAUCAUCUGCAAAACCCUUUUGGAGCCCAUCCGGUUGGAUUGUGGACAUAUAA